UUAAUGUAGAGAAUGCAUUACACCUCCCUGGCAGUAUUUCCGAGUGUAGCUCGGGGUAAAGUUUCAGUACCACAAGCAGUAACCCCGAACUACACUCGGGCUUACCAUGCGGCGUUGCUCCACGAUCCCUCGGUCACUUACCUUGUCCUGCGCUCCCGUGAUGUUCCUCCUGCAGUGUCCCCGGCAAUGUAAUCCGGCGGAUGCCGGCAUCUGUCAUCUGGGUUCCAUCCUCUGCGAGCGUCGGGACAUACGGGGGACGGAACGGCGGGAAAUUUGAAAAUGACAAAAAGUGACAUUCACAAAAAUCACUAAAAUCACAUAGUAAACCAUUAUUGUACCAAACCAUUUUACAUACAU